GGGAACACUACCAAUUUAACAUCUUUACAUAAGAAAUACUGGUAACUUCAUUGUAAUUUUUGAAAUGAAAAUUAAAUUAAUAACCUUGAUAUUAUUUACAAAAAAUAUAUUUUUUGGAGUUGGAAUUGAUUGUUGCAUAAAUCCGGAAAAGUAUGCAAUAUAUUUUAAACAAGUAACAAAUUAUAUAGGUGUUCAUUUAACAGGAUUAAACAUGGAACAUAUAUCAGUAAGAAUAUCAAAAGAUAAAAUUAUAAGUAUAGAAGAUGUACUCAAUUAUAAAUCAGAAAAUAAUAAUGAAUUAUUAAUUAAAUAUAACAUUAUAGUUGAUUUACUCAACUAUUUCUUUUCUAAAGAACUAGAAAAUUUUUCCGAACACUUAAAAAUCAUUUUAGAUGAUUGUGAAAUUUUUUUUAAAGAAAAUUCGUUUGAGAAUGCGACUUAUUGCACAGUAGAACUUUUCAAUGCAGCUAAAAAUUCAAACGAAAUGUUUGAAUAUUUAUAUAAAGCUAUUAUAUUUAUUGACUACUUGGACAUUAAAUUAGUGAUAAGAAAUUCAAUUCAUCCAAAAACGAUAGUAGAAGAAAUUUAUACUGUUAAAAACUAUAUCUUUUUAAUGAGAACGCGAGAAAUUUAUAAUUAUAUAAAUAAUGACGGACACAUUGAAAUAGAAGUACUUUUAAAAGACUUUAUUGAAAUAAAUAAUUUCGUUGAUAAAAUAGUUGCAAUAACAGAUUCAAUUAAUAAAAAAAAUGUUACUAUUAUAAAUAGUAGAACGGAAUUUAAUUUACGAGAAAAGUACUAUGGAGAAUACAUAAAUUUUAAGUAUAAAAUGAAUUUUGUCGAUUUUGUUAGAGAAAAGCUAUAUCAUUAUUGUUCAGAAACCAUUAAUAACUUUUAUUUGAAAAUUGGAUUUAAUCAGUUGCUUAAUCCUAAUAUACCCGAGCUUAUGCCAUCUCAGAACUACGAUUUUCCUCAACAAAGAUCAAUUGAAAAACUAAAUACUUUGUUCCGUGAAGGAGAUUGGAAGCUGUUAAAUCAUAUAAAAAUAAUAAUUGAUGAUGAAAUUAUCACUACUAAUCGAAUUACUCGAGACAAUGUAGACGAUUUUAAUUUUAAUCUAAAAAAAAAGUAUUUUUUACAGCUAAUAAGGUGCAGAUAUACCGAAGUAUUGAAAAAGUAUAACAUUUAUAUGUCUGCUAUUAUUCAAAUAUGCAGACAUGAAAAGACUAAAAAAAAUUUAAAUGGCUAUGUAGAUUGUAUUAUUCAAUUUAUUGAUGCCGUUAAAAAUUCAAAAGAAAUGUUUAAAUAUAUGUCGUUAGCUUUAGAUAAAUUAAAAGCUACAUUUAUUUGGGAAGUGAUGUGUAAAUCACAUUCAUGUUUAACACAAACGUAUGAUUUAUUAAGUAAUCUUUUCCCUAAAAUUGAACAACUUCAUUUAACUAAUAAUAAUUUUAUUAAUCUAUCUUUCAAAGAAAUAAAAACGAAAGUAGAUAAAUUUUUAUUAGAUUUUCAAGUUGCGCGUAAUAAAUUUAAUCGUGUGCUUAUUGACGAACGUAAAUAUUCAAGUGUACGUUGCUGGUUUAAAGGUGAUAGUUUAGAAAAAAGUCAAUUAAUAAAAUCAUGGGAGAAUAUUGUUUUGUCAGCUAAUAAUAACAAUACUAUUGGAAGUCCUAUAAUUUUGUAUGAAUAUGCUUUGGAACACUUUAAGACGUUUUUUAAUAUUGCUAUUACAAGUGAAUACAACAGUUUAGGUUUCAAUAAAAUAACUAUUAACAAUUGAGGAAAGUUUUAUAUUUGUCUUUUAUUUUAUAUUAAUGAACUUGAUAAAACUUUUAAUUGUUUUUUUUAAAUUUAAUUGUUUUAUCAUAAAAUUACUGUAGUAAUAUUUUAUUUUUAUUUUUAAUAAUUAACAGUACUACGAAUUUUGGCUUGUUAAAUUGUAUAUAAUUCAUAUGAAAUAUUAUCAGCAUUUGUUUAUUCUAAUUCAAUAUUUUUAAUGUUGUUUUAGUUGAUAUUAUGUAUUUAAUUAGAUU